CUUCUGACAGAGCCACAGUCAAAGUUCGCAGCUUGAGGAGGAUGACUCAUUCUCACCAGCUGUUUGUUUACUGCACACAUCAGCUGUUAGAGUUGUCCUUCUUCUUCAGCUACCAGCGACCACUUUAACUGAAAAGAUGCUGCCACCUGAAUGGAUACGUAUCUUUCGUAUUAAAGCACAGAGUCUUAAACGAGGAGACUCUUGGUAUUUAGAGUAUGAUGAAAAUAUUGAGCCUGACAACCCAGUCAUGGGCUGGAAGCAGUACAUCAGGAACACAGGUGCAAGGUUUAAAUGUUCCAUGUGCAGAAGAGAAUGGCCUUCCAACAAGGUGAAGGUGCUCUUCCACAUGCGCCUGAAAAACGGGCAGGGCACUGUCAAGGUGAGGCCCUUACGCCAGAACUGCAAGGUGUGCUCCGAAGCUCCAAUGGAGAAUCCCAGCGUGGAAUCUGACAAUGUGCACAUCCUCAUGGAGAAUCUGGUGGAGAAAAUAAAACAAAAGUGCUACAAUAAAAACCCUGGUGGACGGAAUCGGUAUUUCAGAAGCUUUGACGUCGACAGCCCGCAUGAGCCCACACAUUGUGAGGGGUGCAUCAAAGGCGUGUGCACAAAAUGAGCUGCUUUUAAAGUCAGCCUGUUUCUGUUCGAUCAUAACUUUGCAUUCUUUCAUUCUGUUUUAUUUUAUUCUUCUUUUAUGUAAUAAGCAGAUGCACAUUGUUGUAUUUAUCCUUUAUUUGCGCUUGGUAGCAGACAGCUUUAGCUAAUAUAUCGCUUUGUUUGUUAAAAACGUUCCUUAGCACAAAAGCUCUCAUACAUUUACUGUUACAAAUGAAUUAAAUAAGUCAAGAUUUAAAUAUGACAUGAAGGUCUACAGGAGUCACUUUUCACAUUUAAAUUUGUACUUUCUGAUUUUGUAAAUAAAUAAUACAUCUUUAUGAAAAAAAUAAGCAUGACAUUAUUGUUCAAGAGAGGUGGGCAACAUCUUCUUUUUUAAAGUGAUUUAGAGCCACACACACAGCUGACACGUGAAGCAUGACAUACCAUGAAUUUUGGUAAAUAUAAUACAUUGUUUUACAAUGAGUAAUUUUUUCAAAGAGAAAAAAACACCAUUCUUCAAGAAAAAAUAUGCAAAGAUAUUAUUGGAUUGGUAUUUUAAGAACAAACAU